AGGCUUUUGCCAAGCGCCCCGCGUCCCUGGGGGGCGGCGGCGGCGGCGGCGGCUUCGGCGGCGGUGGUGGCAGAGGCACUUAGGGGGUCCGGAAGUCAACACCAUGUCGAGUCUGCACAAGAGCCGGAUUGCAGAUUUCCAGGAUGUCCUGAAGGAGCCCUCAAUUGCAUUGGAAAAGCUUCGAGAACUCAGUUUUAGUGGCAUCCCCUGUGAGGGCGGACUGCGGUGCCUCUGCUGGAAGAUUCUCCUGAACUACCUCCCCUUGGAGAGAGCCUCAUGGACCUCCAUCCUGGCCAAGCAGAGGGAGCUAUACUCUCAGUUCCUGAGGGAAAUGAUCAUCCAGCCUGGCAUUGCUAAGGCCAACAUGGGUGUGUCCAGGGAGGAUGUGACCUUUGAGGACCAUCCACUCAACCCCAGCCCCGACAGCCGGUGGAACACGUACUUCAAGGACAAUGAGGUGCUGCUGCAAAUCGAUAAGGAUGUCCGGAGGUUGUGCCCAGACAUAUCCUUCUUUCAGAGGGCCACCGAGUACCCCUGCCUCCUCAUCCUGGACCCUCAGAAUGAAUUUGAGACCCUUCGUAAGCGAGUGGAACAGACGACGCUGAAAUCCCAGACAGUGGCCCGGAACCGGAGCGGGGUUACAAAUAUGAGCUCCCCGCACAAGAACCCUGCACCAUCGUCCCUGAACGAGUAUGAGGUGCUGCCCAACGGCUGCGAGGCCCACUGGGAGGUGGUGGAGCGGAUCCUGUUCAUCUACGCCAAGCUCAACCCUGGCAUCGCUUACGUGCAGGGCAUGAACGAGAUCGUGGGGCCUCUCUACUAUACCUUUGCCACGGACCCCAACAGCGAGUGGAAAGAGCACGCUGAGGCAGACACCUUUUUCUGCUUCACCAACCUCAUGGCUGAGAUCCGGGACAACUUCAUCAAGAGCCUAGAUGACUCCCAGUGUGGCAUCACCUACAAGAUGGAAAAGGUGUACUCUACCUUGAAGGAUAAGGACGUGGAACUCUACCUGAAACUGCAAGAGCAGAACAUCAAGCCCCAGUUCUUUGCCUUCCGCUGGCUGACACUGCUGCUGUCCCAGGAGUUCUUGCUGCCUGACGUCAUCCGGAUCUGGGACUCCCUCUUCGCCGAUGACAACCGCUUUGAUUUCCUCCUCCUCGUCUGCUGCGCCAUGCUCAUACUGAUCCGGGAGCAGUUGCUGGAAGGGGACUUUACCGUAAACAUGCGGCUCCUGCAGGAUUACCCCAUCACAGACGUCUGCCAGAUCCUACAGAAAGCCAAGGAACUCCAAGACUCAAAGUAGCCUGGCGGCAAGAGGCCAAGGUUUUGGAAAGCAGCCACUGGACCCUGGUGCCCUGGCUUCUGGGACAUGUAGAAGCCUGUGGGGACGCCAGCCCAGGGGGGAAGCUGCAGGAUUG